AGCCGUGUAGCGUAACAUUGUUUAUUAACGUGUAUUUCGCAUGUGUUUACUACACAAAUGUCAAAACAGAACUGACAUUAGGGGCCAAUGCAAGAUUUAUAGCUUUUUCUGAUAGGAGGAUUACUUUAGCGGCACCUGUUAUAAGUAAUGUUCCCAAGAAAUGGGAACGAAUAAGACUAAUAUCGUCUUCAGAUGAAUCAGUUCAUACUUUAAAAGUGAAAGAAAGAGGACACGAAAUCAACGUAAUUAUGCACAAAAUAUAAUAAAGAUGAAGAGAAAUAGUGGAGAGGAAUAUGAAACAAAAGAAUCUAAGCCCGUGAGUGGAAAACUUUUCCAAAAUAAAGAUUGCCUUUGUUCCAAAAAAUUAAUAAAUGGAAUCGGAUAUGAAUACAGGAGAGCUAAAUUUGAUUCUUUUUGGAAAUUAGCAAGUUUCGAAAAACAGAAUUGGUUUCCGUAUGGUUUGGCUCGAAAACAAUCAAUAAAACAAAGACGACCCAGAAAUUACGAAGGAUAUAUGCGAAAAUGUAGUUUUAAAACGGAUGGUCGUUGCAAAAUGGUUGGUUCAUCUAGAAAAACAGAUGAAGAAAAAAUUAAAGUGGUACGAGAACAUAUUCUGAGUUUUCCAGCAUGUGAGAGUCAAUACACGAGAUCACAUCACACUUCAAGUCGAAAGUAUCUAAGUGCUGACUUAGAUAUUCGAAAAAUGUAUAUACAGCUCAUACGUGAAAAAAUGUGAUGAAAAUAUUACAUCAUGUGUGAAGCAGAGGAUUUACAGGAAAAUAUUCAAUACGGAGUUCAACUUAAAUUUUCAUACUCCUCGUAAAGACACGUGCCAAAAGUGUGAUUCGCUAAAACUAAAAAUUUAAGCAACCAGUAAUGAAGACGAGAAGUUGCAUCUGAUGGAAGCUCAUGAUUCACAUCUUAACAGUGCCGAACAACCUAGAAAAAGUGUAACAGAUUACAUACAAAAAGCAAAAGAUAACCUGUGUGAAUAUAACAUUUGAUCUACAGAAAGCACUUUCUUAUCCAAAACUUUCUGUUUUGGUAGCUUAUUAUAAGCGCAACAUGUCCGUAUACAAUGAAAAUGCUAAAAUGUAUGCAUGGGAUGAAACAAUCGCCUCAAGAGGAUCACAGGAAGUUGCGUCCUGCAUCUUAAAGCACACUCGGGACAUUACCACUCAAAAGCAUGUCAUAGCUUACACUGAUGCCUGUUCAGGACAAAAUCAUAACAUAGCUGUAGUUUGGUUAAAA